AGUUCUCGUACAAAUAAAGUUUUUUUCUGUAUGUGACGUAGAACACCGAUUGCGCAUGCGUGGCUGGCGAUAACACGUGAAGCAGGCAGCAUGGCCGAGGGAAAGGAUCUUUCAUUAGACCGAGCACAGGUGAAAAAGGCCGUUCAAGCCCUUCAAGCUUUCCUGAAAACCAAAUCCACGUCCGACGCUCUGUUUCUGGAUGAGACUCAGCAGAUCAGCCUGCUCUUCACCCUCUGGAAGGUCCCCAGAGUGGCACAGACCAUCCGCAUACCCUUGCCUCAUGGCCAGCGGACUGACACAGACGAGGUUUGUCUCUUCACGAGAGAUGAGCCCAACAUGACCUCGGAACAAACACAGCGGUUUUACAAGAAACUGCUGGAAGUGAAGGGAGUCAAAAACAUCUCUGAGAUCAUUCCAUAUAAGGCCUUAAAGACAGAGUACAAACCGUUUGAGGCCAAACGUCGUCUGCUGGGGAACUUUGACAUGUUCCUUUCAGACGACCGUGUCCGUCGUCUGCUGCCAUCACACCUUGGGAAGCACUUCUAUGAGAGGAAAAAGGAGCCCCUGAGCGUGAACCUGCAGAGUAAACAGCUGGCCAGAGACAUCCAGAAAGUGAUCCAGGGCACCAGCUUGAAGGUUACCAACAAGGGCUGCUGCUGCAUGGCACGUGUCGCCCACUCCGGCAUGACUGCAGAUGAGGUGACAGACAACAUUGAGGCUGCUGUCCAGACAGUGGUGGCCAAAAUGCGUACGAAAGGACCAAUCAUGAAGCUCAUCCAUAUAAAGAGUCAAACGUCAGUGGCCCUGCCCAUCUACACCUCAGACCUGAGCAACCUCGACAUGCUGCAGAAGAAAGAGAAACGUACGAAGACUCCCAAGAAAAAGGGAGCCAAAAAGCAGGAAAAGAAUGAGACAGAUGCUACAAACGAAACAGAUGCCACUGCUAAGGAAGGGGAAAACGUGGAGGAAGAGGAAGAAAUCCCACAGCUGGUUCCCAUUGCUACCCCGAGCAAAAAGCCUAAACUGGAGAAACCAUCCAAAAAGAAGCAGCUGGAGAAAGCACCCAAACCUGCCAAGGCAAAGAAAGGAAAAAAGAAAUCGCCCAGCAAAGUGACGAAGAAGGCCGGAAAGACUGAUUUCAAAGUAAAAAGGAAAGUGCCUAAAGUGAAAUGAUUGGAACAUCUUUCACAUGACCUUCUCAACACGGACGAUUUACACUUCACACUCUUCACUGUUCACAGAAUGCCCUUUAUAUUCAGUCUGUUUUUCUCUUUUGUGUAUGAAUGGAAAUAAUUAUAAACUGUUAUCUGAACA